GCUGACAGUUUACACGGAUCGGUGUACAGAGGAACUUCUUUUUAACUUCAGUAACAAUAUUACACAACACAGUUUGGCUAGUGUCGCUAGCUUCCCCAGAACAGCACAGGGCCUGCCGUUGCUAGCCAGCUGGCGUGGUAGCUACCUGGUUAGCUUAGCUGUAGACACCAGAAAACAGUGUUUUUAUUUACUUAUGUAUUUGCUAAAUAGAUUUUCGUAUUUGCGUUAUCAACGUUCUUCGUUCUUUAAAGGUCCCUCUUCCACACAGAGCCAUGAGCUAGCACGUCCGCUAACUGGAUUCACCGACACAAGGCUGCGUCCCAAACAGCACACGACCGUACUAAAUAGUAGUCAAAUUAGUACACCCGCAACGGUGUCAUAGCUAUUUCAGACAUACUCUUUAGGAUGUAGUGUGCGGUUUGAGACGCAGCCUCAGUAAUAAAAUAAUAGCUCAGCCAGAUGACUGGUCCAGAUAACUACAGCUGGAGAAUGCCAAAAUGGCAUCCUGUUGGACAUGUAUUGCACUACUUAGCUCCUAGAAACUAUUACUCCCCACCACGUGUAGUGCACUUAUGUAGGGAGCAGGAAGCCGAUUGGGCUCAGGCCACGACCCGCGUCGUCCAGCGCAUGCGCAGUGGGAGCCUGGCCCUGGACAGAGCGGCUAUUGACAGUCGCAGGUCUGUGGUCCAUGUGCGCUCCGGUUAACUCGCAUGGCUGAAACCGGUCAAUGGCCGUUAAACUGCUGACUCAAGCCGGAUGGGCAACGUGUAGAGCUUAAGAAAUGGGCCAGUGAGGUAGCUGUCUGAUCAUACACCGUGACACCGUAACAACCCUAGAUGUAGCAGAGAUUUUAGAAAAAGAAAUAAGUUUUAGGUAUGGUGAGUCUCCAUUUAUAAGUAUCAAAAUCAAUGCUGGGAGAGAGUACAAUGGCUGUUCAUGGCUUCCAUUGGAGCUGAGGACUUGAGAAAGGGGGCAUCACAGCCAACCCUCGUUGUCCAAGCAAAAUCUGCAAUUGUGCAUUCAUCCAACACUCGUGCGUAUUCUGCUCUUGUCGAAAGGAAAUGGCAUCCUCCUUCAGCCUUUGGUGACUCCGUACCUCUGCCUCAUGUGAAAGUGGUGUAUGAGCGGCCCCAUCAUUUCUCAGGGAUAGCCUCACAGCGUGCCUCUCCGUCAGUGCCUGCAGGGGUUGUACGUGCCCAAAGCACAGGUGCUCAUCCUUCUAGCAGCAGUAGUAGGGAUACAAGAGCACUCAGUUCUGUCUCAAAGAGCUCAGUUCAUAUCAGUGGUCCCUCUGCUGUAUGUCAAAGCACUUGUCAUCUGGAGCCAGUUAUUCAAGGAUAUCAGUCACACAGGCACCUGAACCCGCUCAGGUUAAGGUCAAGACUUUUAGGAAAAAGAGCUUGUGCACCUCCACUCUCAAAUUAUCCUCCUUGUCCCUCCCCACCCAAGACAUUCUCUCACAAAGCAUCUGUGAUAGUUGAGAAAUCCAUGCCUGCGAAUCAGUCUCACCCCUGGUCGAGGGGUAAGCUCAGAAGCAACAGCAAUGGGGUUAUACCAUCCUCCACUGCCAAGGUGCCUACAAUUACCAGGCUAGAGACGAAAGAUUUGAAGAAGUCUAGUGCUCUACAUUCUGGCAAGAGAGAAUGCAAAGCAGACAUAGUAAAACACAGCCAAACAACAGUGCCUUUAGAGGAUAAAUACACAGUAGUGCCUCCAAACCAUAUUUCAGACUUGCCUGGGUACGACAAGAUUGAGGCUGAGGAUGCUAAAGAGAAUGAGCAUAUAGAGGAAUGCUGCGUGGGACAUGGUACCAGUGAAGCACCUCAGAGAGUGAGGAAAGUCAGCUCUGAGGUAGAGUUCACAGCAGCUGUACGAAAGCUCACUAAAAACAUGUCACACGUGCGCAACGGGACACUAAAUGGUCUGAGUGGACCACUAAUGGCCAACUUUGAUUCUCAGAGCAACAGGAGAGAAGUAAAGACAGGUGCCAAUUCCACAAUACAAACCUCAACAUUUUGCCUUAUUAAUGGGAGUGAAGAGUUUUACAUGGACACACAUCCCUCCAAUGCCCUUUGCCUAGAUGAGAAUUGUCCUAGUGAUGGAAUGACUCAGGACAGUAUAUGUGCCAUUCCAGCAGACAUUGAUCGCAAAAUAGACUCUCCUCAGUCUCCCACUGUUUACUCCGUAAUGAACCAGAUAUCUGCCAUACACCUUACAAAGGACUGCUGUCAGCACACUUCAGAAGAGGACCCAAGCCAAUGCCCUUUGACUCUGGAUGAGGGGAGCCAGCCUGAAGUCAGGGGUCAGGUGAAUGUUGCUGUGUUACGGGAUGGUGAGGAAGAGGAACUUCCAGAUGAGUUGGAGAAUGUCUGCAGUGGCAAUAAUGAUGAUGGAUCAGAAUCCGAUGCCUCUUCAGCACCCUCUAUGGCAGCGUCAUCAAAUAUUGAGGAGCCCAUGAGCUGUGAGUUGGAGGAUGAUCGGGAGGUGAAACCAGCACUGGUGCCCAGCCUGUUCCCCUUCAGGCCCCCUACGUUAUACUUCGGUACAGCCAACGAACGAGUGGAGCUGCUUCCUCUGGAGCAGAGGAGUCUUCUGAAAUGGAAAAUAAGUACAGUCACCCCUAAUAUAGUCAAGCACACGAUCACUAGAUCCCAUUUCAGAGUCACCAAGAAGAGUCAUGACUGGCUGGGCUGCUGGGGUCAUCAUAUGAAGUCACCUGGGUUCAAGGCUAUACGAGAGUACCAGAAGCUGAAUCAUUUUCCAGGUUCCUUUCAGAUUGGACGGAAAGACCGUCUGUGGCGGAACCUGUCCAAGAUGCAGACACGCUUUGGCAAGCGGGAGUUUGGCUUCUUCCCACGUUCCUUUGUGCUCCCACAGGACAUGAAACUGCUGAAGAAGGCCUGGGAGGAUGGAGGAAGCCGGCAAAAAUGGAUCAUCAAACCGCCUGCUUCAGCCCGAGGAAUCGGUAUUCAGGUUAUUCACAAGUGGAGUCAAAUGCCACGCAAGAGACCUCUCCUUGUACAGAAAUACCUUCACAAGCCCUACCUCAUUAGUGGGAAUAAAUUUGAUCUGCGUAUCUAUGUGUACGUGACCUCUUAUGACCCACUCCGUGUUUACAUCUUCAACGAUGGACUCGUCCGCUUCGCAAGCUGCAAAUAUUCCUCUUCAAUGAAAAGCCUUAGCAACAAAUUCAUGCACUUGACAAACUAUAGUGUGAACAAGAAGAACUCUGAGUAUCAGACCAACAGUGAUGACAAGGCCUGCCAGGGCCAUAAAUGGGCACUGAAGGCAUUAUGGCAAUACCUGGACUCUAAAGGAAUCAACACCACUCUUAUCUGGGAGAAGAUUAAGGACAUGGUCAUUAAAACCAUCAUUGCGUCUGAUCCAUAUGUAAACACCCUGGUGAAGAUGCAUGUGCGUUCCCCGUACAGCUGUCACGAGCUGUUUGGCUUUGAUAUCAUGCUGGAUGAGAACCUGAAGCCAUGGGUUCUUGAAGUCAACAUCUCUCCCAGCUUACACUCCAACAGUGCGCUGGACGUGAGUAUUAAGGGCCAAAUGAUCCGUGAUGUGCUAAACCUAGCUGGUUUUGUGCUGCCUAAGAAAGAAGACAUUGUCCCCUCCAGCAGCAGCAGUGGCAGCAGCUCCACCAGCAGUUUGUAUGAAGGAGCACGAGAGAGAUCAAGAUCAGACCUGUCCCCUGAUGAGAAACUGAAAAGAGCUUUCUAUCUCACCCAGAACUCUGGGGAGCAGGAUUUCCACUCCACAAUUCUGGAAGUAUUAACCCCUGAUGAUGUGCGUGUUCUGGCUGAGAGUGAGGAUGAGCUGAGUCGUCUGGGAGACUUUGAACGCAUCUUCCCUUCCCCUGCCUCCUCCCGCUACCUCCGUUUCUUUGAGCAGCCUCGCUACCUCAACAUCCUCCUUAACCAAUGGGAACAGAAAUGCAAUCAAAACCGGAGCAAAGGUAUCGAACUGCUGAGAAGUCUCUGUCAGAAAAGAGUACACUUGGGGAACCUUGCUGACUCUACACAUCAUUGGUCAUCAAAAUCCAACCAUGGACACCGUUCAGACCUCCAGAGCACCACAUUUGCCAAAACAGUGCUUACAAAAUCAAGUGCCACAGUGAGUCAGUGUGUAAGCUCCCAGCUGGAUGAAGAUGAUGAGUGGUCUGAUCAUGAUGUUCAGUCAGUGACCUCCAGUAUUCCAGACAUGAGUCUGAUGGGAUCAGUGAGCCCAAACUGAAGUGCGGCCAAAGCCAGUCUGCCUCACCAGGAGACUAGUCAUAUACUCUGAAACAAAUGAACAUCCAGGGCUUCCAAACAACGCACAAUAACAUGAGAACUUGCACAUUUGCAGAGUCUGGUAGAGGGUGUUGGGGUUUUUACCUUAUCAGAAGAUGCUAGGAACAAACCUUUUAUAUUUACAUAAUUCUCUCCCCUCAAUUUGUUAAAUGUUUUUGCCCACUCAGCAAGUGGGGUUUGUAGUUGACUGGCCAGACUGAUGACUGUUUUAAUCACAUAUCUAUUUCACCAUUUCCAAGACUAAAGGUACGUUUUUCAAGGACAGAUUGGUAGACAUGUUUGAAGCACAAAGAUAUAUACGCAUAUGCUGUGUUCAUAUAUGCAAGCUUUUCUUCUGUUGAAAGGAGCUGCUCUGGAGUCAUGCCUGAGUGCAUGAGCCAAUCAGAUUCCUUUCUUGAUUUGUUUACAUUUUGAAAAGGCCCACCAUUGAGGGUCAGUACUACUUACAACUGACAAGUGAAUUUUGGAAAAGAGAAUUAUUGUGAACUGUAACAAUAAUAAUACUUAUUAAUUUAUAAAGUAAUGUCUUUCAUUUUAUCCUCAGUAAAUAAAUAUCUGGUGUAGGAUUUUCACAUUAAAAGUAUUUGAAAUAAA